AUGAAAAGAAGUAAUGAAUAUAAAUUGGAAAGUUGCUUAGAAUGCUAUUUCCUUUCAUUAGGCAUAAUUUUAUUUAUGGGUUUAAAUCCCCUUUCAGACAGUGCUUCACUUAUAGCAGGGCUCCGAUCUGUAUCAGUUGAAAGGCUUGAAUAAAAAAAGGUUUCAGGACUUCCACCAUGUGGCGCUUUAAGGCCUCUGUGAUAUAUUUAUAGCCUGCACGCUAUUUUCUUUCUAAUCUUUUGGGCAUUGGAAAAAAAAAAAGAAGGCCGUGAGAAAGUUUUUCUUUACUAAAGAGAGAGAAGUGUGGAUUUAAUCCUCCAGUCUCCGCUGCAUGGUUAUUGUGUGUGUUCUGGUGACUACAGACAGGCCAGAUGAGAAGAAUGCACUGGAACCCUGUAAUGAAUUAAGAAGCUCUGCUUUUGCAAGAUGGAGGCGUAAGCUCCACCCCCACGCUAUCCUCUAAAAUGGCCAAUCAGUAUUAGCCCAAGCUUAUCCAUUUCACACGCUGAAAAGGGGGGGAAAACUACCAUGGUAACAUUAAUAACCGAGAAGCUUCAGAACCAGAGCUUGGAUGAUCUGUCAUGCAAAACCUACAACCUUAAUCUGCACCCAUCUGUGAAACUGAACAAAAGUGCCUGCUUGUUCCCUUACGAAAUCAAUGAAGACAGCCCUUGGAAAGUCCUCAACGGGACAUAUCCAAUCAGGAAUGAGGUGAACAAGAAUUCGAUCUUUUCCUUCUCCACGUGCCCCUUUGGUGCAGGCACUUCGGGCAGCUACGGUCGGCAGUUGCAAAAUGAGUCGUCCAGUGCAGCCAAGGUCUCUGGGUGGAUAAGUGAACUGACUCUAAAUGACAGCUUUGGGCAGCCGCUGGCACCCCCUACAAAAAGACACUGCAGGUCAUUGUCUGAGCCAGACGAACUGUCCCGCUGUCGGUCUCCCUGGAAACCUGGCAAUUCCAAAGUGUGGACUCCGGUAUCAAAAAGGCGAUGCAACAGUGGCGGGAGCACGACUUUGCAGCGAUGCAACAGUCACGGUGGGGGCAACCUUCAGAGAAGCACAAGCAUCAGCCUCCAACAAAAUCCAGUCAAAAACAUCUUUGCAGCCUCCAACUGCGACACGUCCCCAGUCCAGAGGCCAUCAUCAGCUAGCAGCGGCUUUGUAGAUUGUAACGAAGGAAGCACCAUUUCGAACGUCCGCUGGAACUCUGCGGAGCCCAGUGAAUUCAAUCCGAGGAGACGCUUCUCCCUCUCUCAGGAGCACGUUACGGAAAAUGCCGAUCUUUCGCCUUCAGCCAAUAGCACACCCACCUCAACUCCAGAGCUCCGGCGGCGCCAGGGCUUGCUGAGAUGCCGCUCCCAGCCAUGUGUCCUCAACGAAAGGAAAACGCGGCUAAAACGCAGGCGCGACGAAGACGUCCGAUGGACUCGGCCAUCUUUGGAUUUUCUCAAAAUGACACGGACUUUAAAAAAUUCUAAAAGCCUUUGCUCUCUUGAUUAUGAAGAGGACGAGGAUCCUCACAUGAAGACUAUUGUCUCCUCUCCGUGUGACUCGGAUGACCUCAUGAGUAGCGUCACUCCUGGUUCCAGUCCUGCAAAGGAGUCAUUUGUGGGAGCUGCGAGCCGGGGGCCCUUACGUGCCACAAACACAAGGGAGCCGCCAUUGAGUGAAAGCGAAGAGGACACCAGCGAUUGCGAGAGCUCAGAAGGAAGCGGCUUUCCUAUAGACUGCGGCGACUUGGAUCUGGAACAGAUUGAAAACAAUUAAGUCCCAAAGCUUCCGUUGGGUUCCUACGUCUUGGCAAGAGCUAAUGGCGGCGUCUAUGCAGUGUCAUGCAUGAUCUGUCUGCCUUUGAUAUCUCAUAUUUUUUUUGUUUGGAGGCUCUGUCGGAGCAGUUGACAAUGUGGAACAUUUUCACCUAUUUAGUUUUGUUAUUCAUGAAAUGGACAAGAUAUAGUUUGGAUAUGACUGAGCGUUAAAGCUUAUUUUCCACCUGGCAGUGUUUGCUUAGUGUUUAAGUACGUGGGACCUCCCCGAUGAAUUUUUUUACAAAUAUGGCUAAUCUUCCAUGUAUUUUCCUUUUUAACCAACAGCAGAGUAUGAGGGUGCAGCUUAUUGUGUGCAUGGGUAUGCCUUUCUACCUAUGAGUGGGAGCUGCUAUUUUUAUUGCCUCUUCCGGUGCCUGAUCUGUAGACUUGAGUUGAAUGUGAUGACCUUUAAGGCUUACGUAACCGAUAACUGCAAUAUUAAAUGCAUACAUUUGGGGUUAUGCCAUAGGUUCCCAAACUGUGGGGCAGAUCCACCUGGGGUUUCAAAUCAAGUGAUGGGGGCGGGGGCAGUCUGUAGGCCGGUAAUAAGAUUUGAGGUGUAUGCCUGUUUGCACACCUGAAGUUUUGUGGAAGUACAGUAAGACUAAGAUGAAUUUCGGGGUAAACACUUAUUUUCAGCCCUGGGAUUUCUUGGGUGCAUAGCACAGUAAUUGAUAAUAAGAAAAGGAGUGCCCUGGCUGCAUUUUGACCCCUUAGGCAAAAUAAACACAGUUUUAUGCACUAAUAUAACUAAACUUUUACAUCUUCUGAUGUAUUGUAGUUGCAAAAAGCAACAGGGUCAAAAGGUGCACUCCCAAUCACCAGUCACCACAACGUAAUGAACAUUCAAGAAAGAUGAAGAUUGCACACCCGAGAGAAAAAUUCAAAUCAUUUUAUUUCAUCCAAAAGUUACAAAAAAAUAAAGCAUUGGCCCUACGCGUUUCGACCAUUUAAGGUGUUCAUCAGGGCCAAAAAAUCUAAAUAUAGUAAAAAGGCAUCUUUUCUUUACUAUAUUUAGAUUUUUUUCCCCCUGAUGAGGACCUUAAAUAGUCGAAACGCGUAGGGCUAAUGCUUUUGUAACUUAUGAAAUAAAAUGAUUUGAAUCUUUCUCUUUGCAACGCCAGUGUUCAGCAAGAAGAUGAGCUUCCUUAAUGUUGGAAGGUUCACUGUGAUUGGCUACACCAAGCGUUGCAGUGCAGCGAUCACCGACGUGGAUUUCCGGCCAACAAUGGGGUGUAGCUGGGGAACCAUUGUCUGCAAUAUUUCGUGAAGAUAAUUGCAUGCUGCCUUUGCCUUUUCAGGGCAGUUUAAUUAGGGCUUUAGCACUGUGUUGAGUGGCCCCUCUGGAAAAUUCAUGGCAACCUGACCAUGCAGCACUGUCCGUUCACUCCCUCGUUUACUAUUUGCACUAUUUUUUAGACAUUAUGGAAGAGCACAUUUCUUCCUCAGUUGCCCUUAGAUGGUGGUGCCUUUCCCUCAGUCUUCCAUGCUAAGUUCCUCAUGAACUGGUCUGGAUUCCUCUAGCUCCUGCAAAAUGCCCCAACAGUUCUCCUCAUUGCAAUAUCUGAUGCUACUUCCUUUAGCCAUGGUAACCACCAAAACAUUGAGCAGCUGGGUCUGCCCAACAUUUUUGUAUGCAUAACGCUAAAUCCAAUGGGAUGUUUAGCUACUCAGGAGCCACACCUAUCUACAAGUACCUAGACUUUGUAUCCUUUACUCAAGUGUUUCCUUCUCUCUAUGGAGAGCGUUUGCUGGUUCCCCUUCCUUUGUAUCAAUGCACAUACCAACAGCAGGAACGUCCUGCCAACACAAUAAGCUGCACCUUCUCUAUGAUGAUCUAAGGGAACAUCAAUGGGAGAUAAAGCCUACUUAUAACUGGAGUAUGUUUUCCCUUUAUGUUGAAGAGUUAUGUACUCAGUUUGCCAUUGGAUGAAAUUUAAGCUCUUCUGCUCUCACGUUGUUAGAGGACUAUUAUGGCCUCACUUUUGAGGGGGCUACGUCAAAUGCUGAGUACAAGAAGUUUAGUUUUGUAAACAUCUCCCAUACUUGGCUUCGUUAAAAAAAUAAUAAAAAAAAAAAUAUUUAAAAAAAAAAAAUCCCGAUAAAUUUGUCAGGUGGAUUUAUAAUAAAUUUCUAACAGAUUUCUUCUUUUCUUCCACUUCUCUGGCUUUUUAUAGUUCUGGAAGAAUUAAGCAUCUCUAUUUUGAAAGAAUAUUUUUCAGCAGGGCAUUCUGUAAAACUUCUGUCUGCCGCAGGAAUGCGUUUCUUUUUUUUGUUAUUAUUCAAGAGUUUAAGGAAAAGAAAGCCUAUUUCAAUCAACAGAUGAUAUUUCUGGUCCAAAAUAACUGCUCACUUAUAUAUAUGUUUUUUGUAAUAGUGAGUGGUUAUAAAACUUGAGAACAUGUACAAAUGUGUUUAUUUUUCAUAGAUUUCAAUUUUGAUCAAAAAAGAGUUCUAGUGACCUUAAAAAGCGAAGGAGAAAGAGAGUCCGUGAUUUUACUACUUGAAUAUUUUUCUAUCCUGAACAAAUUGUCAUUUACAUUGUGUGCAUUUACAAGUGCGAUUAGGCACCGACGUUUUAGGUCAUUUAUUACCUUUAUUUUUCUUUCUCCUGUUGAAUGUAUAAGAGCACUUGAACUUCACACAGGGACGUUGUCUUGUAACAAUUGAUUCCACGGGAGGUGAUUCCUUCAGCAAUACGUAGGAUUAUUUCUCAUUGAAAUAAAUCAAAUUGCUUUGCAUAAAA